CUACUGUCAAAUGUCAUAAGUUAAAAAUUUUUGUUCAUGUCAAGUUUUCACAUAAUAUAGGAACACGUGUUGGCUCCAAAGAGCAUUAAUUGUAGACUGAUUUGUAGGUAAUACUACUGAGUGGGCUUUGAUUAAAAACAAAAAAUAAAUAUAAUGACUAGAUUCGCACGUGCGAAGGGUUCAAAGGCUUCUAAUGAGAGAGCUCCGGAGGAUGGAACACCAUGGGAAAUUAUGAAAGAACAAUUAUUACGAGCAAAACAAGAGAAUGAAGAAACUAAGAAGAGAGAAGAGGCAGAGAAGACACGCAUAGAGAAUUAUGAAAAUUUUCUUAAAGAACAAAAGAUUAGCAAAAGAAAGGCAACAUGGUGUGACUUUCCAGAAGCAGUGGACACAACAAAACAUUUGAACAAAACUGAUGUCUCACCUGCAAAGAAGAAAAAGAAAAACAGACAAAACACCAGCAAUGUUUCUGAACAAUUAGAAACCACUUCUAAUGGUGAUAAUGGUGAUAAACAAAUUAAGAAGAAAAAGAAGAAUAAAAAAACAGCAAACAUAAACCAAGAUUUGUCCAAUUCACAAGUAAAAUCUUGUGUUGACACAGAUGGUACAGAACAACAGGAAAAUAAGAUAAAUCAAGUAAUAGAAUCAUCUGAGAAAAAUGAUAUCAAAUCACCACCCGAAACAAAGAAGCAAAAGAAAAAGAAGAACAAGUCUAAAAAUAUUUCAAUUAAUCAAAACAGUGAUAGUAACCCAACUAAUAAUAAUAUUGACAUAGAAAGUCCCGAUAAAGCACCAGUUGAAAAAAACAAUAAGAUCAAUAAUAUAAAACAAAGUAAAAAUAAUAAAAAAAAUAAAAAAUUGCAAGAAAACGGGGAAUCUAUUAGGAGAAAACCCAUAGAUGACCGUAGUUUCCAAAUCAUUAUUAAUGGUAAAGAUGUUGAGUUGGUUAGAUUUGAAGGUUUUCCAAUCAUGAAAAAGGAUGCAGAAAGACUGCAAGACUUAAAAACAAGUAUGAUCAAGAAAGGUAUACCGAAAAGUGAGGUUCAAAGAACAAUUAAACUGGAAAGGCGUAGGGCUGAAAAGGCACUUGCAAGAUUAAAGAAAGAUGUAUGUUAUAACUGCAGGAAGGGUGGUCACAAUUUAUCAGACUGUCCUGAAUUGAAAACAAAGAUACCAGGAGUUGAUGGAGUCAAUGACGGGGUUUGCUUCAAAUGUGGAUCAACAGAGCACAGGCAGUUUGAAUGCAAAGUGCAGAGAGAUAAAGAGUUUAGAUUUGCUACAUGUUUCAUCUGCAAGGAUCAGGGUCACAUUGCAAGGCAGUGUCCCGACAAUCCAAAGGGGCUGUAUCCGAAUGGCGGCGGCUGCAAACUUUGUGGUGACGUCACACACUUGAAGAAGGAUUGUCCUACGACUAAAGACCAAAAGGAAGAGACUUCAGUUAAGUUACAAACUCUGAAUGAUGGCAAUAUAGAAGGUAUAGUGCAGAGACAAAGUGCAGCAGUCCCAGAGGAAACAGUCAGGAAACCUAAGAAAAUAAAAUUUUAGUGUUAUGUUAUAAUAUAAAGAAAUAAAAUUAUAAUCAUAGCAACAACUCUUAUUGAAAUAAAACAAGACUACUAAAUUAUAGAGAUCUAUAUAA